AGGAAUAGCACAACAUGACUAUUAUACACCCAGUCGAUCUUGACUCGUUCCAUGUGGAGGAAGAAAUGUAAAGCAAACCGCGGGAAAGGUUUCGUAACAGUACAGGGGGACGGCGAAAUGACCGGAGUUAAAACCCGGAAUAGUGUACAGACAAAGUGAUGGCCGUGUUUCAUGUUGUAUAGUUAUCCAAAAUUAUUUGCAGGAUCUAAUUUCCUCACAACAAUGUCAGAAUCACCGUAUUUCCUUGCAAAAGGCUUAAAAAGUAUGCCUACAAAACGAAGUGCCCAGAAGUUAUGUUCGACGGCAAUCCGUGCGAAGUCAGGCCGUGCGUCAGUGUCAGCUGUGAGCGUGAAGUCGACGAAACCGAAGACGAAAAGUAAUCCUGACACGAAUGUAAAGGCCAACGCUUCUGAAAGCAAAAAACGUCAUGUGGAGAUAAAAUGUGAAGUAGAAACAGAAGAAAAGGAAGGCGUUGCUUGCACGAAUAUAAAAAAUGAGAGAUGGGAACCACCGUACUGGAAAGAGCAGUAUGAUAACAUAUUGGAAAUGCGUAAACACCACGAUGCGCCAGUGGAUUCCAUGGGAUGUGACAGAAUCAGCGAUGAGAAGGCAGAGCCAAAAGUAUAUAGGUACCAGGUGCUUCUCUCUCUCAUGCUGUCUAGUCAAACACGAGAUCAGGUGACAUCUGCAGCCAUGCUAAAGCUCAGGGCACAUGGUUGUAAUGUGGACAAUAUACUGCAGACGUCAGAUAAGACACUUGGGGAGCUGAUCUAUCCUGUAGGAUUCUGGAAGAGGAAGGUUGAGUACAUCAAAAAGACCAGUCAAAUCCUGAGAGAUCAGUUUGACAGCGACAUUCCUUCCACUGCAGAAGACUUGUGUAAAUUACCUGGGGUUGGUCCAAAGAUGGCGCACAUCAUAACAAGGUGUGCCUGGGGAAAGUUGACUGGCAUUGGAGUAGAUACUCAUGUUCACAGGAUCUCCAACAGGCUGGGCUGGGUGAGAAAACCCACCAAAGACCCCGAACAGACCAGGAAGGCUCUAGAAGACUGGUUGCCAAGAGAAAAGUGGGCUGAAGUCAACUGGCUCUUGGUUGGAUUUGGGCAACAGAUUUGUCUGCCAGUGAAACCAAACUGUAGUGAGUGCAUCAACAACAACAUAUGUCCAGUUGGGAGAUCAGCAGCCAAAACCAAAGUGAAAACAGAACUGUAGCUGUGAAAGACUGUUAGUCAGUGUAGGCUGCAGUGUAUUGCAAAACUUAAACAGUGUCCAGAGGUAAAUACGUCUAAAAUACUGCUGAUGCUGCAUAAAGUGGGUUCAGAAAUCUAAAGGCUGGUCUCAACUGUGUCAUCUCCACAAUAUGGGUGCAUUAGGCCUUCUGCUAAAUUGGCAUUAAGCCAUAGUAAAUUAAUUGAUUCAGUUACAUUGCAGCAUUGACAUGUAUUUUAAAAAAGAAUCUGUUGUUUAGUCCCAUAUUUGACAUCCCACCUGUUAACAUGGACAAGUCAGUUAAGUUAUAGACAUCUGAUUUUAUAACAUGUACCAUUCAGUGAAAUUUUAUACGUCCUAACUUUUAACAAGAACCAUUCGGUGAAAUUUUAAUUGUCACAACCUGAAACUUGGACCAUUCGGUGAAAUUUUACACGUCCUAACUUUUAACAAGGACCAUUCACAUAACCAGGAGAUUGAGAGAAAGACAAG